AUGACGGCGCUCGACACACUCAAAGCCGCCUUCGAGGCAUCGCUCACCCCCUCGCCGACCGUCAUCACAAUCGGCCUAGCCAUUGUGCUCUUCCUCCCCGUCCUCCUCCACCUCCUCUUCUCGGCAACAACCCCAUACACGACCCUCCCGUCUGUCCUCCUCAUCGGCCCAUCCGGCGCAGGCAAGACCGCUCUCCUCACCCUCUUCGAACGCGGGCCCCUAUACACCCCCGACCAACCCACUUCCACCGACAAACCAUCCGUCUCCACGCCCGUCGCCAGAACCCACACCUCACAAGUCCCCUCCACCGUUGAGCUCGCCGUCUCCACCGACAACAAAAACACCACCAACUCCACCACCUACCGCACCGACCUCGACGCCGCAGGCGCCACGGCCAAAAAAUUCCUCCUCGUCGACACCCCGGGCCACCCCAAACUGCGCGGGCACGCCCUCUCCCAACUUUCCUCCUCUUCCCCCACCAUCACCCCCUCCACCAUCUCAGCCACCUCCUCCGAAACGCACAAAUCCAAGCUCAAAGCGCUCGUCUUCGUCGCCGACGCCGCCGCCCUCGCCGAUCCCGACAGCGGCGCGCUAGCCUCGACCGCCGAAUACCUCUACGAAGUCCUGUUGGCACUGCAGCGGCGCUUCCACAGCCGGAGCGGCUCGCGCGCGCCCGCGAGCGUGCCCGUGCUGGUGGCGGCGAAUAAAUUGGAUUUAUUUACGGCGUUGCCGGCGGCGUUGGUGAAGAGCCAUUUGGAGGGGGAGUUGACGCGGAUUAGGAAGGCGCGGAGCAAGGGGUUGUUGAGUACGGAGGAGGGGGAGGGGGAGGGUGCGGUGGAGGAGGGUGAGGGGUGGUUGGGGGCGUAUGGGACGGAGAGGUUUAGUUUUAAGGAGAUGAUGGAGUUUGAUGUGGAGGUGGAGGUGAUUGGGGGGAAUGUGCUUGGGGAGGGGCCGGGAGCGGAUAAGUGGUGGAACUGGAUUGGGGAGAGGGUUUAA